GUACUUCGAGCAGCACCAAAGUGAACGGGCCAACAGCAUCUCAACAGCCCAGCACCAGCAAUAACAACGACCAAGUACCAAAUUGGUAUCAAUACCAAUAGCAACGAGCAACGAGCAACUAUGGAACCACUACUAGGAAUGGAAGCAGUAGCCCCUGAUGCUGCAGAUGCAGUGGACCCCCAACUGAUGCCAGCACCUCUGGCGGCACUGUUGCAGCGACAUGGCAACCACGACAUUCAGGCUGGAAUGAUGGCGGCUCUUCGAGACGGUGCAGGUGUCAAUAUGUGGAACCAAGAGGAUGCGGACGACCAAGGGAGUGAUGAUGAUGACGACGACAUUGGCGACAUUGACAUCAGAAUGCACCUGAUGGAUCCCUAUCACAGCUGUAGGAUGAUUAUCACAGAAGAGGAGCGCAAUUGGGCUCUGGCCAUUAAGGAAGCCGUUGAGGGCGAUCCCGAUUUGAGCAAUAUCUCCGACUUUCUCUGUGCCCAACUUGCCAUUGUGGAACCAAACAACAUGGAGGCAGCCCUCAAUCGUAUCCGACAAAUGCAAUGGUUCAAAGAAGAAUAUGAUAUCCGCGAUUCUCUCGAAGAUGCUCGAAAACUUGUGCAAGAAUAUCUCUGUCUCUUUGAGAAUCACAUCUUGUCCUUCUCCUAUAGCUAUGAGCAUGGAUCCUACAUUUGCUGCAUAGAUUGCGCAGCCUGUGAUAAGGACGCACUUCAAACGGAAAAACAGUGGCAAACCAAUCUUGGAGGGUUCUUCUAUAUGCACAAUGCCAUGAACCCAGAUCUGAUGAGUAUGCGGAAUGGGGUUAUCAUGGUGUACGAAUGUGAAGGAUUCACAUUUAGCAAAAUGGGAGGGAUCAAGACUGCCAAUAGAAUUACCAAGGAUUUUGUUGCAUUUUAUCCUACCAAACAUCAGAGCCUCAAAUUCUAUCAUACUGGCAUGUUUAUGAAUCUGCUCUUGGCCGUUUCAAAACCACUCUUGCCUCAAGGUGUCACUGCCAGGAAUGAAGUGGGUUGCAUUUUCCAAGGUCGGCUAGACACCUUUUAUUUGGUCCCAAGUGCGGCUGAUGCACAACAACGGAACUACAUUCGAGUCAUGGACGCUCUCAGUAGACGGUAUGCCAACGAAGCCAGCUUUCGGUUAUAGUAAGUAAUGAUGUAACCAUGGGCAGACUGAGCGAAAACACCCAACUAGCUAGCUCGAAUAAAAAGUUCGUACAGUGCCGUAGUACUCGAACCUUACGUAUACUCUGAGUACAGUACCUCAGCAGGGAAUGAUUGCUUCGUCAGAUGAAAUUGUUG